AUUGUUCUUAAUGCUUUUUGAUGAUUGGCCACCAUUAAAACUGAUUUGAAGAGCAUAAUUGAGACCGAGAGGAGAUUUUAUGCAAUAACUUUUAGUAAUAUAUACCAUGAAUUGAACGAAAGCCAGAGAUGGACCAACGUGAUUUGUGUAGCAUUGUUUAGUGAUUUAAUUUAUUCAAGUCAUUUAAUUUCAAUUGUUCAAAUAAAAUUAGAAUUCAUUAAUUUUGGUACUUAAUUAGUCUACGGUCUCUGUGGGACGAUACUCUAUUUUCAUCAUUAUAUUACUUGAACGGACUAGUACACUUGCUAGAGUGGAAUUAGCUCAUCAGAUCCCAACCAUCAAUUAGGAGUGCAAUGGUAGGGAUAAAAGAUAUCCAUCAAGCUGAUUUAGCUGUUGCUAGAUUCUUCUUUGAUAGUUGCAUUCCUAUAAAUGCUAUUAAUUCCCCAUACUUUCAGCCUAUAAUUGAUGCUAUUACUACAAUUAGUCCUAGUUAUAAAGGAUCAACUUAUCAUACCGUGAGAACUAAUCUUUUGAAAGAUUUAAAAAAUGAGGUUCAAUUGUUGGUUGAUUCUUAUAGAAAAGUUUGGGAAGGAACCAGUUGUACAAUUAUGGGUGAUGCCUGCGCCCUUGCUCCCUGCUCUGCGCCCGACGUGCCUCCUGCGCCCAGAUCCCGCGCAAUCAUCACUCCUGCACCUGCUCUGCACCGAAUCUGCAUCAAUCUCCAGCUCUGCCCUGCGCCAGCCUUCCUCUGCACCAAAUCCCCUUGCCGCCUGCUGCGCCGAACCCACGUUGCUUGCACGCCUGCACCCUGUACCAGCAUCAUGACCCUGCACCGAGCCCUGCUGCACCCCUGCUGCUCUGCCUCUGCACGCUACAGCAGCUCUAGACAAAUUAGCAUUAAUAUUGAUUGACAGAGCAAGGCUUUUUUUUUUAUUAUUUUUAGCUUUAUUUUUAUAUUUUAUUCGGGUAUAUAUAUAGAGAAAAAUCAGAUUGAAAAGGGGGGGGGGUUGAUUUCGGGUCGGUGGCUGGGGAGUGUUUUUGGAGUUUGAUUUUGGGGACUUUGCUGGUUGAUUUUCGGGUUCCUCUUGGAGCUGAAGGAAGUCUUUUGUUGUGUGGUUCUGGUGUUGACGGCGGGGGGGGUCUUUUGUUUUUGAGUCUGGGUGUUGAGAACGGCGACAGAAAAGGAGAGGAAUUUUGCUAGAGGGAGCCGGUGAUUUGGGAGAAGAUUUGGGUCCUUUUUUGGUUUUUGGUGGUUCUGGUGGUGGAUCCCUUGGUCUGAGUUUGGGGUGUUGCUUGAGAACAGCGGGAGGGUCACUGAGCUGAGCAAGAUUCUGCAUUUUUUGGGUUUUCAUCUUAGGUAUUUUCCUGCAACAGAGGAGUCUUUUUGGGGAGGCAGUGAGGGGAAUGAUCUGGCUUGAUCUCGUGGGUGGGAUCCGUCAGAUCGGACUCCGAUCUGUUACCCAAAAAGCUCCGCCGUGUUUGCUUCUUUUGCUUUUCUGUUUCCGUGACAUGCUUUUGUGAUGUUUACGUUUGUAUAUGUUUAUUGAAAAUCAAUGAAAGAUAAAAAAAAUGUUCAGUU